AUGGAAAUCAAAGUUCAUAAACCUUUCUGCCUCAGUUUCAGAGGGAUACCUACUUCUUUGAAGAUUCUUUGUGACAAUGUUUCUGGUGCUUUUGUACUUUCCGAAUCUCUUAACAGAUUAAUCAGCUUGGUAAGGAUCAAAGUGGAUGAAACGCUCCUCAACACAAUGAUCCGGUUUUAUGAUCCUCUCCUUCACUGCUUUACUUAUAGGAACUUUCAAUUGGUUCCCACACUAGAGGAUUUUUCCUCCAUCCUGGGAUUACCUGUGCUUGAUCAGAUGCCAUACACUGGUGAAGAAGAGGUACCCAAGCAGGAAGAGGUAGCUGCUGCAUUGCAUUUGCCUCGAUCAGAAAUCAAAAAGGUUUGGGUGAGUAAAGGAGACUAUACUGGUGUGUCGAUUGACUUCUUUUAUAGUCAAGCUGACAUUUUAAUUAACGCUUUAAGUAUGGAUGCUCUUGAAAAGGUCCUCGCUUGCUUAAUCUAUAGACAAGUAUUAUUCCCUCGUUAUGACAAAAUUGUGGAUGUGAUUAUUCUCAAGAUCUUCAUUGGUAACAAUCCGAUUCCGACUUUAUUAGGUGAUUUCUUGCAUUCCAUCCAUCACCGAUCAUCUAAAAGCAAAGGUUGUGUCCUUGGAUGCGCACCAAUAUUGCAUAAGUGGUUUAUUUCGCACUUUUCCCGUUCUACGAUAAAAAAUGAAGAAGGUUUGACUUGGGUUCAAAGAAUCAUAAGGCUUUCAUACGACGGCAUCGUUUGGAACCAAAAAGGUUUUGAAGGAACCCAUUUGUUCGAUAGCUGUGGAGAUUUCCCUAAUGUACCUCUUCUUGGUACUCGAGGAGGGAUAACUUAUAAUCCCAUAUUAGCUCGACAUCAGUUUGGUUUCGCUUUGAAAGACAAGCCUCGCUCCAUACAUCUUAGCUCGGAAAAUUUUGAUUUUGAUUCAGAUACAACCGGAAAGAAGAAGUUGUUCAUUAGAGCUUGGUCCAAAGUGAAGAAAGUAUGA